AUGAAGAUGCUGCGUCUACUGUACAGGCCUUCAUACCAUCUCCGUCCGCGCUACUCGAACUCGAUCGUCUCAUCUCUCUGGCUUCUUGGUCAAUCUCGCUAUCCCACACGUGCCGCCUCCGAAGAAGCGCCUACACAUCAACAUGUCACCCACAUGGCCGAGGACAAAGCUCGCGACAAGGCUUCCGAGGCUGGGGCUCACGAGAACUUACGCGCUUACCAGAGGGAUUACCAAAAAGAAUACAGAGAUCGUAAUCGCGAAAAGAUCAGAGCUGCACAAAGGCUCUAUAGAGAGCAAAACAAGGACAAAAUAGAGAGAUGGUAUCAAGAGCACAAGGAAGAAGCGAAGGCUUACAGAGACCAAAACAAGGACAAGAUGAAGGCCUACACAGCCAGAUAUCAUCAACAGCACAAACAACGCGUGGCUGAGCUUGUGAGACAAUGGAACAAGAAGAAUCCAAGCCGGCGAUAUGAAUACGGUAGACAAUUGUCUCUGGAGAAUCGAGAACUCUACCUCCAAAAGAUGGCCGAGUACAGACUCAAAUGCUCGAAUCUAGGUCUUUUUGACCGGUAUAACGCUGCUAAGAGAGAGAAGUACAACAGCGACAAACAAUACAGAAUGGCUCGUCGACUGCAUACAUGGCUCACGCAGUCUGAAGAGGCUCGUCAACUAUCCUGGCCCACACAUCAACCUAUACUGUAUGACACGAGACAAUCACAUCACUGCUCUGGUUGCGGUCAUGGCAGGUACAUCAAGCUUUGGUGGAGAAAGUUGAGUGAAAACAGGAACCCAACAGGAGAAUUCAACUGCCAUUCAUGCUUCACAAGCGACUGGUCUAGAGCUCUGCCGAUUGGACAUGGAAACAUGUUUGUCAACGACAGACCCCGUCACCGCUCGCUCAAGAAGGCUCCCGACGACAAUAUCGAGGACAAGACUGAGACUGAACCAAGCGAAAAGCCCGAUCAACCGACCUGA